AUGGUUUCAAAGAAGGUGGUGGCCAGUUUGCUUUUGGUGUACAUGGUGUCUAUGCUGGCUGAACAGACCGAAGGCUUCGUGCCCUUUUUCACCCAGAGCGACUUCCGGAAAAUGCAGCUAGCUGUUCCUGUCAAAGCCGGGAUGUGGCUCACCCCAAGGCAGCUGGAAAAAUACCAAGAUGUCCUGGAGAAACUUCUAGCAGAGAUGUUACAGGACACCCCAGACG